AUGACUGAACCGCAACCCGACCGCCCGAUCGUCUUCUUCGACAUCUCAAUCGGCGGCAAACCGAUUGGCCGUGUGGUCUUCUCGCUUUACACGGACAUUGUCCCCAAAACGGCUGGAAAUUUCCUUGCGUUAUGUACUGGAGAGAAGGGCGUUGGACAGUCCGGAAAGCCGCUGCACUACAAAGGCAGCUCCUUCCAUCGAGUGAUCAAGAAGUUCAUGAUCCAGGGUGGAGACUUUACCGCUGGAAAUGGUACUGGUGGCGAGUCGAUCUACGGCGAGAAGUUUGAGGACGAGGGCUUCACGGAGAAGCAUGAACGUCCGUUCCUCCUGUCUAUGGCAAACGCCGGUCCCAACACCAAUGGAUCCCAGUUCUUCAUCACCACCGUUCCGACGCCACACUUAGACGGCAAGCAUGUUGUAUUCGGCGAGGUUAUUCGUGGCAAGUCUGUGGUACGCGAGGUUGAGAACUACCCUACGAGCGAUGGCGACAAGCCAACAGCGCCAAUCGUCAUCGAGGACUGUGGGACGCUCUCCCCUGAUGACCCAUGCCUUGUCAUCGACGCCUCCAGCUCUCCCGAUGGUGACAUCUACGAGGACUACCCCGAGGAUGAUACACACGACACGCAGGACCUCGCCGUUGCUCUAGAGAUUGCCGCCAAGCUGCGCGAGAUCGGCGCAACGUAUUGGAAGAACGGUGAUUCAGAGACUGCGUUGAAGAAGUGGCGGAAGGCGAUGCACUACCUCGACGUACACCCCGUGCUGCCAGAUGAGACGGACGAAGCCCAGCGCAAAACCUAUGAGGAUCUUUGGCGGCCACUACUGCUCAACAGUGCGCUCGCUGCCCUGAAGACCGGAGACCCAGAGCGCGCCGUAGACUACACAGAACGCGUUCUUCGCAGGGACAUUUCGGACGCCGACCGAGCCAAGGCUUUCUACCGUCAAGGUCUUGCUCUCAUUGCCCAGAAAGACGAGGAGCGGGCGGAGGUUGUCCUGAACGACGCGCUUAAGUACGCGAAGGACGACAAGGCAAUCGCCGCCGAGCUUGAGCGCUUGCGUCAACGUAAGAAGGCGAAGAUUGCAAAGGAGAAGGCGGCAUACAAGAAGAUGUUUGCUUAG